GCUACCCAUCCGUGCGUUUUUACAGACGGGCACGAGAUUUCUGUAUUUCUACCUGACACACAAACAACAGGACAUCGGUAUUCUCUACACAGACAGAUAUGCCUGCCGCAGUGCUAUCACCAUUCCAACGGGAAAAACUCAGAUACUACUUCAACUUUUUUGAUGCCGACGGCGAUGGUCAUCUAAUGAAAAAAGACCUCCCCGUCUUAUUCAAGAAAAUCCUUGAGUACACGGGAUGGGCGGAAAACUCCCCAGCGGCGACAGAACUUUACGAGGUCCACGAGACUUUCUUCGAGGUGUUGUACGAAAAGACUGACGUCCAAAAAGAUAGGGUUGAGAUUGACGAUUGGAUGUCGUUAUGGGAACACAUGAUACCCGGAUGUAUGGGAAUGCAUAAUUUCCCAAUUUGGCUCCGCCUACUUCCGAGGUCUCUGUUCCGGGUCAUGGACACAAACGACGACGGGUUAAUUAACGCGAAUGAGAUACAACACUUCUAUGAGUCGUUUGUUAAGAUUCCCGAGAAGGAGGUUGGUGACCUGGCCACCCGUGCCUACAACGAGAUGACGGACUUUGGACGGUACCCAUUGACACUAGAAGGAUAUGAGCAAAUCUUUGCCAAUUUCCUGUUGGGGAGGACAAAGUACGGGCCAGGUAGAUUCAUUUUCGGCUGUUUCGAACACUCUGCUGAAGAGCAGGCUGGUCUAAUAUCCGGUCCACCGAAGGAGGGAACCGUCCUUGAUGUAACUACCAAAAGCCUUCGAAGGUCAGGUGACGCAAUUAGAACUCCAAUGCGCAUGUACCGGAAGGAGUAAUGAUCAAAGUUAAAAACAAAUAUGAUAUGCAUUAUUAUCGAGAUUAAGAGAUUCACAAGGCAGCAUGUUACAUGUAUGAGACUUGUUACCUCGGCGAUGAAUAAAGUUCCAUACUUAUACAUAAAUGUAUAAAGACAUUUCCUAACACUUACAUAUGAUAACCAACUACAUAUACAGAGCGAGUGUAAUAAGCAUGAUAAUGGUUUCCUCCAUCUCAUCUGAAAGGUGAAAUAUACUCAAUGUCGAGUUCUCACAUCAGCAAUGUAUAUAAUAUAGCGAUCUUUGCUAAGGUAUCGUGAGUUGUAGGGUACAUACAUCAUUUAUAUACGCAUUUAGACUCAUUUACAUACUAAUUUGCAUAUCAUUAACAUACUAAUUUACAUACUCAUUUACGUAUCAUUUACAUACUCAUUUACGUAUCAUUUACAUACUCAUUUACAUACUUAUUUACGCACCAUUUACAUACCCAUUUAAAAACUUAAAUAUACUUGUUUUAUCACUUAUAUAUCACAUACAAUAAUGAAAUAUUUCAGAUGUGAUUUCAUCGCCAAACCACGCAACUCUUCAAUGAUGAUAUACAUAUAAAUAAAUACACAAGGGCAACAAUGAAGACUGAAAGGAAUAACCUGAUAAGGGAAGUCACGCUACAUGCUUGGAGAAGUAUUUGGAUGCUUAUUUUUUUUUAAAUGGGAGAAUACUGAAAGUUAAAAAAAACCAGCUCGACGUGGAACUCUUCUUCGCGACAAUAACUGACGCAUUGGUAUGUGUUGCCUUAAUUACACAAUGAUUAAUAUUGUUGGCUUUCCAUCAGCUGAAAAACGUUGUACAGAUAUAUAAGUUUAACAUUUCAAUCAUAAGCUACGUUUAAGUUGUUCUCGUCAAUAUUAUCUGGGUCUAUCACGUAUGGCCGCUAAAGCCCCUUGUGCCUUUUGUUUAUAUUGAAUGACUUGUUAAAUGUUUCGUUAAGUUUUUGAGUUACGUUAUAAUAAAACUAUACAGUAUUCACUUGUAAUAAUUAC